AUGGGCCGCUACCGCAUCCUCGUGGCCACCGGGGCCUCGCUCUUCGCCGGCUCGCACAACCGCGUGCAGCUGUGGCUGGUCGGGGCUCUCGGGGAAACGGAGCUGGAGCUGCAGCUGCGGCCGGCGCGAGGCCAGAAGGAGGAGUUUGAACACGAAGUUCCGGAGGACCUGGGGCCGUUGCAGUUCGUGAAGUUGCGCAAACACCACUCCCUGGUGGACGACGCGUGGUUCUGCGACCGCAUCACGGUGCGGGGCCCUGGAGCCUGCGAGGAGGCCGCGUUCCCGUGCUACCGCUGGGUGCAGGGUGACGGCGUGCUGUGCCUGCCAGAGGCCACCGCCCGCCUGGCAGGAAACAAUGCAUUGGAUGUGUUCCAGAGACAUCGAGAGAAGGAGCUGAAAGAAAGACAUAAGAUAUACCGCUGGGCCACCUGGAAGGAAGGGUUACCUCUGACAAUAGCUGCAGGCUGUGAAGACGAUCUACCUGCAAAUAUGAGAUUCCACGAGGAGAAGAGGCUGGACUUUGAGUGGACACUGAAGGCGGGGGCUCUGGAGAUGGUCCUCAAACGUGUUUACACCCUCCUGAGCUCCUGGACCAGUCUGGAGGAUUUUGAUCUCAUCUUCUGGGGCCAGAAGAGCCCCCUGGCUGAGAAGGUUCACCAGCGCUGGCGGGACGAUGAGUUGUUUGGCUACCAGUUUCUCAAUGGCGCCAACCCCAUGCUGUUGAGACGCUGCACCUCUCUGCCCUCCCGGCUGGUGCUGCCCUCAGGGAUGGAGGAGCUACGGGCCCAGCUGGAGAGAGAACUCCAGAACGGUUCCCUGUUUGAGGCUGAUUUCAUCCUCCUGGAUGGAAUUCCAGCCAACGUGAUCCGAGGAGAGAAGCAGUACCUGGCUGCCCCCCUCGUCAUGCUCAAGAUGGACCCCAGUGGGAAGCUGCUACCCAUGGUCAUCCAGAUCCAGCCUCCCAGCCCUAUCUCCCCGACCCCCCCACUGUUCCUGCCCUCGGAUCCUCCACUUGCCUGGCUCCUGGCAAAGACCUGGGUCCGAAAUUCAGAUUUCCAACUGCAUCAGCUCCAAUACCAUCUGCUCAACACCCAUCUGCUGGCUGAGGUCAUCGCUGUGGCCACCAUGAGGUGCCUCCCAGGGCUGCACCCUGUCUUCAAGCUCCUGAUGCCACACAUCCGCUACACGAUGGAAAUCAACACCAGGGCACGGACUCAGCUCAUCUCAGACGGAGGCAUAUUUGAUAAAGCAGUGAGCACCGGUGGAGGGGGCCAUGUGCACUUGCUCCGCCGGGCCCUGGCUCAGCUGACCUACCGCUCCCUCUGUCCUCUUGACGAUCUGGCUGAUCGCCGCCUGCUGGGAACCCCGGGUGCUCUCUACGCCUGCGAUGCUUUACGGCUCUGGGAAAUCACUGCCCGGUAUGUGGAGGGGAUUGUCCACCUCUUCUACCAUGGGGAUGACGUUGUAAAAGGGGACCCUGAGCUGCAGGCCUGGUGUCGGGAGAUCACUGAGGUGGGGCUGCUCCAGGCCCAGGAGCGAGGCUUCCCUGUGUCCUUCCAGUCCCAGAAUCAACUCUGCCAUUUCCUUACCAUGUGUGUCUUCACGUGCACUGCUCAGCAUGGGGCCAUCAACCAGGGCCAGCUGGACUGGUAUGCCUGGGUCCCUAAUGCCCCAUGCACAAUGCGGAUGCCCCCACCCACCACCAAGGAAGAUGUGACAAUGGCCACAGUGAUGGGCUCACUACCUGAUGUCCGACAAGCCUGUCUUCAAAUGGCCAUCACAUGGCAUCUGGGUCGCCGUCAGCCAGACAUGGUGCCUCUGGGGCAUCACAAAGAAAAGUAUUUCUCAGACCCCAAGGCCAAAUCUGUACUAAACCAAUUCCAAACAGAUCUGGAAAACUUGGAAAGGGAAAUUACAGCCCGCAAUGAGCAACUUGACCUGCCCUAUGAAUACCUAAAGCCCAGCCACAUAGAGAACAGCGUCACUAUUUGAGCUCUAGGGCGCCCCCCAUAGGCAGACAGCAGAUCAGCUCUGGGACUGACAAUUCCAUCUUGAGUUUCAGUUCAGUUCAGUUCAGUCCCUCAGUCGUGUCCGACUCUUUGCGACCCCAUGAAUUGCGGCACGCCAGGCCUCCCUGUCCAUCACCAACUCCCGGAGUUCACUCAAACUCAAGUCC